AUGGCUCCUCCUCGCAAAAAGGCCGAACCGAGAAAGGAGGAGAGCGAGAACGAGAGCGAGAGCGCGAGCGAAAGCGGGAGUGCGAGCGGCCAGGGAAGCGGGGAUGAAAGCGCAAGUGAGAGGAGUGAGGGUUCCGACGAGGGGUCUGACAGGGACAGCGACGCGGAGGAAUCGGGGGACGAAGGAAGUGAAACUGAAGCAGAGGAGGAGGAUGGGGAGAAGAGUGACGAGGUGAGCGAGAGAGACGCGAGAACGGAGAGUGACGUCAGCGAUGCGGACGGGGAUGAGGAGGAAAAUAAUAGGGUUUCAGAUAAGACGGGAGCGAAAAGAGCGGGAGGGUUACGGGGGAAGGAGACAGAUGGUCUGCUGGGAGCAAGGAGGACGAACGGAACGGAAAAGGAGAAUAAUCAAUCGAGAAGACCUCGGCUGACGUGGCUAUCGUGGAUUGGCCUAUGGCUGGGCUACUUGAUCGCUGCGUUUAUUGCCUACCACGUAAUGCAGACUGCCACGUCACCCGUUCCCAGUCUCUCCCACCCCUCAUCCUCCUCCUGCCUCUCCUCUAACUCCGCUGUUAAUGAAACAGCAGGAGGGGAAGGGGUUCCAGCCUCACAGCCCGGGUCAGUCCAAUCAGGAAACGCCACAUGUCCUGCUCCGCCUCUCCCUCCUCUCGCCACGUGGCACCCAGCCGUGGCAGCAGCCGCCACUCUCGCGCUUCAGCCCUGGUCCCCUGUUGCCGCCACACUCGUCGUCCUAGGGUUCGCCCUCCUGCUUCUGCGGCAGGUGUCUGCUGUCAUUAAGACAUUAGUAGUCUUAAGAGAGAAGGUUAAUAGGCUAGAGGCGGACGGAGCAAGCGCGGGGGCUGGAGGGGACGGGGGACUGGGUGAAGGGGAAGAGAGCGAGGGGGAGGAGGAGGAAGAGGAGGGAUCGGAGGACGGUGAGAGGGAGGACUGGGAGGGGUUCGCAGGUGGUGCAGGGGGGGGAGUCGUGGCAGUUGGCGAUGUCGGUUUAGCAGAGAGCCUUGCUGCGAUCAGUGAGAGUGUUGGGACAAACUCGCUGUUAGCGAUUUUGGUGAAUGAGGUGCGGGUUCCGUUGAGAGGGGUGCUGGGGGUGCUGCAGCUGCUGUCCUCCUCGCCCCUGGACGCAAUGCAGCAGGAUAUCUUGCAUUCUGUCACCGCCACCACGCGCCACCUCAUCCACGUGGCGAACAACGUCGUUGACACCUGGCGCGCGGACGGCCGGGCGGCUGCAGCAGCAGCUGCCGCCGCCGCCGCCGCCUCUGCUACAGCUGCUAUAGGCGCUGGUGGAGCUGCAUCCGCAGCUGCUGCUACAGCCGUUACAGCAGCAGGGGCAGCGGCUGCUAGUUCUGCUACAGCUGACAGCCUGGAUGCAGGAGGGGCGUUGAGGCCUGUGGCUACAGUGCCGGUGCCGCCCAGGCUGGAGUCGGCACUGUUUGAGUUUCGUCCGCUAGUGGACGAGGUGUUGGCUCUGACAGGCGGGGAGGCGUGUGAGAAGGGAGUGGAGAUAGCCGCGCUGGUCAUGGACUCGGUGCCUGCAGCGGUUGUGGGCGAUCCACUCCGACUCAGACAGACAGGUGUGUGUGGUGAGCCCGAGGCUCUGACAAGUGCGUGUGAGAAGGGAGUGGAGAUAGCCGUGCUGGUCAAGCGAGUGGAGAUAGCCGUGCUGGUCAAGCGAGUGGAGAUAGCCGUGCUGGUCAAGCGAGUGGAGAUAGCCGUGCUGGUCAAGCGAGUGGAGAUAGCCGUGCUGGUCAAGCGAGUGGAGAUAGCCGUGCUGGUCAAGCGAGUGGAGAUAGCCGUGCUGGUCAAGCGAGUGGAGAUAGCCGUGCUGGUCAAGCGAGUGGAGAUAGCCGUGCUGGUCAAGCGAGUGGACAAUGUGCCAGCAGCUGUUGUGAUUCUUCUCAACCUCUUCACUGUUGCUGUCCGCCUCACCGAUCGGGGCCACAUCUUCCUCUGUGUGCGUGUUGCCUUCGACGCUCCCCACAAACCAGCAGCAGCAGCAGCAGCAGCAGCAGCACCAGUGGCAGGAUCAGGAGCAGCAGGAGGAGGAGCAGCAGCAGGGGAAGGGGGGGAUGGAGGAGAGGAGGAGAAGGAGAGGGCAGCACGGGGCAAAACGUCUCUCAUGAAGGGCGAGUACCUGACUCUGAGCGGGUUACCAGCAGUGGACGGCAGCAACAGCUGGCCUGCCGUCUGUGAGAUGCUGAAGCAGCAGGAGAACCGACUAAAAAAAUCACCCUCUGGUGGCGCUGCUGGUGGCGCUGCUGGGACUGCUGCUGGGACUGCUUCUGCUCCUGCGGCUGUAGCUGCUUCUGGCAGCGGCAGCGGCGGUGGUGGUUCUGCUGCUGCUGCUACUGCUGGGGGUGCAUCUGGAACCGGGGCAAGGGCAGCGGCGGACAGGAGGAGGAGGGGCAUCCGGCUGGUGUUUAGUCUGGAGGACACGGGGGCGGGGCUACCGGGGGAGGUGCUGGCAGCGAGGGAGCGGCCGUUUGAGGCGGUUCACAUGAAGCUGCAGCAGAAGUACGCGGGCGUGCCGCUGCUGCUCUGCUUUGCUGAGAGGCUCGUGAACUCCAUGUCAGGACAAAUGUCGCUAUCCACGCGCGUCAGCACCGGCACCACCGUCACCUUCGACGUACUCCUGGACCAGCCUCCCCCAGGUGCCCCCUCCCCUGGCACUGGCGGCAGCAGCGGAGGCUCAGCUGGAGGGGUCGGAGCAGUAGCAGGAGGAGGAGGAGGAGGAGGAGGAGCGGCAGCAGCGGCAGGGGGGGCAGUGCCGCGGGUGUUUCACAUAGGGUACGGGGCGAUAGGGGACGAUCAGCACGCGGAGUGUGCGGGGCUGAGGGCGAAGCUGCGGGGCAUGCGGUGUCUGGUGGUGGAUGGGCGGCCUGUGAGGCAGCAGGUGACUGCCACGUACCUGGCCCGCAUGGGCCUCCGAGUUGACCUCUCUGACAGCGUCCCUGCUGCUGCGCUGGCACUGCGACACUCAAGGCACCUCCCAGGUGGGUGA